AUGCCGGACACAAUCAUGUCCAAGGAGCCCAGUUCCAACCUGGAGAGUGCCAUGCAGAUGCUCAUAAAGACCUUCCACAAAUACUCAGGGAAGGAGGGCGACAAGUACACGCUGAGCAGGGGUGAGCUGAAGGAGCUGCUACUAGAGGAGCUGGGCAGUUACUUAGGGAGCUCCAAAGAUAAUGAAGCAGUUGAGAAGGUGAUGAACGACUUGGACGCCAACAAUGACGGGGAGGUGGACUUCACCGAGUUCAUCAUCCUGAUGGGCGCCCUCACGGUCGCCUGCAACGACUUCUUCCUGGAGUACAAAACAGAUGACAAACCAAAAGACGGAAGCAAAGGCGAGUCGGCGGAGAAGAAAGAUUGA